GGCGGGGGGGCGGGGCCCGGCGGCGGGGGAGGCUGUUUAAAGUGGCGCUUGCGGGAUGGCGGAGCCGGCGGACUAUCCCCCGUUCCAGCUGGGGAAGCCCCGCUUCGAGCAGACUUCAUUUUACGGCAGAUUCAGGCACUUCUUGGACAUCAUCGACCCCCGCACUCUCUUUGUCACCGAGAGCCGCCUGAAGGAAGCGGUGCAGCUGCUGGAGGACUACAAACAUGGCACUCUGCCCCCAGGAGUCACCAACAAAGAGCUGUGGGGAGCUCAAAAAAUCAAACAGGCCAUCAUCCACCCCGACACCAACGAGACCAUCUUCAUGCCUUUCCGGAUGUCAGGUUACAUUCCCUUUGGAACGCCCAUCGUUGUUGGUCUUCUCCUGCCCAACCAGACCCUGGCCUCCACUGUGUUUUGGCAGUGGUUGAACCAGAGCCACAACGCCUGUGUGAACUAUGCAAACCGCAACGCGAGCAAGCCUUCUCCGACAUCCAAGUUCAUCCAGGGCUACUUGGGAGCUGUCAUAAGUGCUGUCUCAAUAGCAGUGGGCCUUAAUGUUCUGAUCCAGAGAGCAAACAAGUUUACCCCGGCCACUCGGCUCCUGAUCCAGAGGUUUGUGCCAUUCCCUGCUGUCGCCAGUGCCAACAUCUGCAACGUGGUCCUGAUGCGGCACACGGAGCUGGAGGAGGGGAUCGAUGUCCUGGACAACAACGGGAACAUCGUCGGCUCCUCCAGGGUUGCUGCCAAGCAUGCUCUGCUGGAGACAGCGCUGACCAGAGUGGUCCUGCCCAUGCCUAUACUGGUUCUACCUCCCAUCAUCAUGUCCGUGCUGGAGAAGACUUCUCUGCUGAGGUCCCGGCCGCGGAUGCUGCUCCCGGUGCAAAGCCUCGUGUGCCUCGCUGCCUUUGGCCUGGCGCUGCCCCUGGCCAUCAGCCUCUUCCCGCAGAUGUCCGAGGAUCCCUGGCAGCGAGCCUAGACCUAUCUCCCUCCCUGCACUCUCCGGAGCACAUUCCUUUCUACACCUUUUCCCGAGCUGGGACAGAAAUGAGUAUCAACCCCAAACAAAAAGCAUCUGCUUUCUGCCUGCUGCUGCCGCAGCGGCCCGCGCUCUCCGCGGUGGCAGCAGCCGGGCGGAGCAGCCCCCGCCGCCGCCGCCCCGCCGCGCCCGGGGCGCCCGGAGCUCCCCGCGCCGCUCCCGCGCCCGCUCCGCCGCACCAGCUGUGGCCACCGCGCCAUUUGUUCCUGCAGCCCACGCCAGCACUCGGAGCCAGUUCUUUAUCACCCCAAUUAGCCUUGUCUGAGCUGAUGAGAGGAGAGAGGCUUCCACUGCAAGGCAGCGAUGGGGGAAGAGCGCUGGGGAGCCGGGAGGCGAUUCCCGGCUUUGUUCCGCGGGAGGGGUGGGUUCCGCCGGGUCGGGGCAUUGCUGCCGUCCUGCCUGAGGUACCUGAGCCAUGCCGGUCCGUAAACAGGUGCUAAAUAAGGCUCAGGGCACAGAGUUUCUUGGGGUUUUCCCCCUUUUUCUCCCCGUGCUCUUGUCUGGCUGGCACAGGAUAAGGAGCAUCCUCAGGCUUCACCUGCUCCCAGGGCUGGGCUGGGCUUCAUUCUGGGCGAGCUGGGAGGUGCAUCCCAGUGGUGUCCCCAGUGAGGAGCUCCCUGGAUCCAUGGCAAAGCUUCCAGCGGCCUCACAGGGCGCUGAAGGAAUUCCUGCUUCUCCCACGGCCUCAAUGGAGAGCUUCCCAUGUUGGAUACCAAUCUGUCAGUGCAGCCAUCAGCCCAAACCCUGGGGUUUGCCCCCAAGAGCCCCUUGGAGCACUGCUGCUUCCCACCCUGCGCCCCUCAGUGCUGCUGGGAGCGUCUGUCCCUCCUGGAAUUCUGCUGGAUUCGUUGAUGAGGGCCCUGUCCUGGUGACACCCCAGUGCCAUCCUCCCACAGCCAGGAAGGGGAUCCCUCCUCUGCCCUGGCCCAGACAGAACUGGGAAGAGGCAGAUGGACACGACUGAACCUCAGUGCCGUGGUGGGCUCUCAGUUUGAAGGGACAAAUUCCCUGUGUGGGACAGUGGGACAGGUCCCAGCAGUGCAGGCCCAAGAGGUCCCAGCCUGUCCCAGCUGCUCCUGCACAGGAGGUUCCCAGCACGGCCGUGGGGUGGCCUGGGGAGCUGAGACACCAAAAUCUUGACGAGGAGCUGUGGUCUCCCCGUCUGUCACAAUUCCAUGGCCAGUGGAAGGCCUGAGCAGGUCCAGGACUCUGGACAGCUGGAGCAGCAGUCUACCCCAAAAUGAGUGAAGUUACACUUUCCAACAAAAAACACCAACCAGGGAGUCAAAGACUGACCCAGUGCACAGCAAGGCUGGGAUCUGAUGGUGUCUUCAUACCUGUAACCCACCACCACCAUCUCCCUGUUCUUCUCCAUCUGAUUUCCAACUGGGAGGAGAGGUUCCUCCUGAUGGAUUUCUGAGCAGCUUUCCCAAUCUCCUGUCCAUUUUUUCCUUGGUGCAGGUGCACCCCUUGGAGCUCCUGAGGCUCUAGAGCAGGUUUUAAUCCCUUCUUGACUAAAGUCAGCCAGAAGGAGACCUGCAGAGGAGGCUCCAGUUCAACCCCCAGUGUCUCCAGCGUCUUCCCAGGCUUCAGGAAGGUGCUCGGGUUUGGUAUCACAGAGCUCCAAACCAGUUCCUGUGGCUGGUGGUGUCCAAGAGGUCCCUGCUGGGUGUCCAAGAGGUCCCUGCUGGGUGCCCAUCCUGUGUGAGAACCAUGGAAUGAUUAAAAUGGAAAAGCCCUCAGCGUCCAUCCAGCCCAACCAUUCCCCCAGCACUGCCAGGCCACCACUGACCACGUCCCCGAGUGCCACAUCCACGUGGCUUUUGAGCACUUCCACCUUGGGGAGGAAUUCCCAAGUCCUUCUGCUCGGUCACCAGAGCUAUCCCACCCCCAUCCCACCCCCCUGAGCCCCCCCAGACCCUUCUGCACAGCCGUGCGUGGAUGAAGAGCUCAUCCCCCAGGCAGGGAAAGGACUGGGGGAUGGAAGCUGGAAGGAUCUACAGACAAUUAUCUCAUCUCUUCCUUCCACCAAGGCAACCUCAGCUCUGCCUAAACUGUUCUCGAUGGGUUCCCAGUAAUUUGUGCUGCAAACUUCCCACCACAGACGCCCCACACCUUCCCCGAGCAGUCGGCUGCGAUAUUUUGCUCUUCCCACCAGGAUACUCUUCCUGCUGUUCAGCUUGGAUUGUGCUCGCUGCUUCUUGAAUUGUGUCCCAAGAGAGCGUGAACACCACACUGCUCCCUCCCUCCCUCCUCUCGCAGCCUCGUGCACAUCCAUCCCCCCGCCAGCCUCGCGCUUCCAGCUCGGCACAUCCCCAUCCCCGGCGCUCUCCAGGGCCUUGGAGCACGGCCUGGCUGCCCCAGGGCAGCUGUGCCCCUCCUGGGAGCUCCCAGGCCUCCAGACCCUCUGAAGGGUGGCUCUGGGGGCCUCUCUGGCAGGGAUCUGCGGAGGCUCCCAGGAGCAGGCUGGCUUUGAGCUGCCCCCCUUCCCCACGGUCAGCGCUGACCCACCCAAUUCCCAGGUGGAAUUCAUUUCACAGCACAGAAUCCCAGGAUCACUGAGGCUGGAAAAGCCCUCUGAGAUCACAGAAUCCAGCCUGUGACCCACCCCCACCUUGGCACCUGGGUGGCAUCACCACAUCCAGCCCUCCCUGGACCCCCAGGCUGCCUUUCCACUUCCCACCGGGGCAUUUUCCUCCCGGUGCUUGAACCCACCCAGCCCCAAAACCUCGGAGCUUUUCUGCCUGUCCCUGGCAGAAAAAAAACCCCGCAGAAUGGGAGGAAAAGCUGCGUCAGAGGCAGGCAGAGCAGAGUUAAUCCUCCCUGGAAAGGGAUCCGUCGGAUCCGGAUCUCCUGCACCUUUCCCGGUGCUCUCCCGGCACAAUGCUUCACUUUGUGCUGCAGCACUGAAAGGAAUGGUGAAGUUGCUAAUAAUGGCACUAAAAGAAAAUAUGCUACAUCUGUUAUGGAUAGCAGUACAAAAUUAGCUGAUCACACCUCUGACACCCAAGAUGUCUUCACUUAAAAUACUCGUUGGCUUUACUUUACAUAAUUUGCUGAUUAUAUUUAAAAGAAAUACAAUUUUGCAAUUACUGUUCUUUCUGGUGUGCUAUCUAUGCAUCAUUUUCUUUUUAUGUUUAUAUAUUUCUCCUUCAUUAGUGCAGUCUGAAGGGUGAUUAGAUCCCUUCAAACAUUUUACAGAGGUUAAACGUUGAUUAAGAUUUAAUUAUUACUGUAAAUAGCUUGGAAUGACAUAUGGUGCAAAAACCUGACAUAUGUGCAUUUGAAUAAAUGAAGUGCUAUUUCCCAUGAUGCUUCAGUAGCUGUUUAACAGCUUUGCUGAAGGGUUAUGUUGCACCUCAUGUUAAGAUUGCUUUGAUGUUAUAUUUUGUUGGGUUUUUGCAGCUGAAAGCUAAGAACAGUUUUUCCAGUUUUUAAAAACAUUGAAUAUUUUAAAUACCUAAAUUGUUUUGCACAAAUUUUUGCUAAUUUGUCUAACUAGGUUAAACAUUUUCAAAAGCAUUUCGAUUUUUAACGUGGGCUCCUCGCAUUGUGUCAGCACCAGCGUGGGUUCGAUGUAUGGGAUUGUGAAAAUUCCAGGUUUCCUGAGGUGCCCUGUCCCGGCCGGGAGCGGCGCCUUCGCUUCCCCGGGGGACCGGGAGCGCCACGGAUCCCUCCCGGGGCUGCAGAGACUCCAGGGGAUUCCAGAGCAAGGGAAAGCUCCGGGAGAAGCUGGUGGAGGGGAAAAAAUCAGGGAAGGGAUGGAGAUUUCAUGGAGAUGGAGAAAGGGCCGGGAAGGGUUUGGCUGUGAGGGUGGAGCCGAGCGAGGCUCUGCUCUCGUGGCACCGCUCAGGCCUGGCUUUGCCAGGUCCGGCUUUGGGCAGCGGCUCCCUCCAAGCUGCAGGGAAAGGCUGGGAUGGAAGGUAGGG